AUGUACGCUGAGGAGCUCACCCUCACACUCCAGGCUUUGGCGCGCUACGAGCUGGGGAACCCAACCGUUGUGGCUCAGCUCAUGCGCGUAGUGCAGAGCGAGAUCAAGGAGUUCAGGCUCCGGUACCUGUGUGCGACUGCCGGCGCGCUCGGCACCAUGCAAGCCUGCCCCGUGGAUCUCAUGGCUGUGCUCGAUUCGCAUGCCCAGUUCGAGGUGGACACCAUCAAUACGCAGGAGCUGUUGGACAAUGUUCAGGCAUUUCCGCUCCUGGAGUAUUCCUGGCGGCCGUACGAGGAGCUUUGCCUUGGAGAGUUUCUUCGCCGAGUCGCCAAGUUCCGCAUCGCCGAGGAAGUCGAUCAGCUGGUGGACCCCUUUCAGGUGCUCUUUUUUCUUCAGGCUCGCGGCCACCUCCACGCAAACUACCUGCGGGCCCUGACGCAAUGGUGCUUACGAGGUGUUCACCGGCCCAAUGUGAGGUCUGAGCGUCGGCCCACGACGGCGCAACUCGUACUCCUCUACGACUACUGUCGAGAACAUGGGUUGGAGGAGGAGCCGGCACUGAAUGACACACUGUCCUACUUCGUCGAAUCUGGUGGUGGCAAGUGGCAUGCAUUGUAUGCCCGUCCUCUGGCCUACAAGAAGAAGCGGAAUUACAUUCGCAAGGAAGACCCCUUGAAAGAUGUGGAGCUGCCACGGCUUGGCUCUAGGGCCUCAGAUUCGGCAAAGCCGAAGAUGCUGGAGGACCUUCCAGGUCUCCCGGGCCUUCCCCAAGAGGACUCGAGCGAGUCGCGGGAGAUUGUUGAGGCUGAGACGGCGACGGUGGAGGGAUUCCACAAGAAGCCCUCUGAAAGUUCUCCACUUCUCGAGAAGGCUGACUCCACUGUGCGAGCCCGCAUCAGCUCUCGGAAGUCGGCUCGGCCACGCCGAUCGUUUGAUCCCACCCGACCUCGGUUUCGAGACCAAGAGCCACCGCAGCCCCUGUGGUACUAUGGUGGCUGGGGCAUGCGUCCAAAGUACCAACCAGGCCGCAGCCUGGGACGACGCUACCCAUAUGCCCGUGUGCCCAUCGGGCCACGUGGAGCCGCCUGGUCUCUGCGAAGGUGA